CUUCGAGGGGUGUUUGCAUGACUAUAGUCUCACCUCCGUCAGCAGCAGCCGCCUGUCUCCUCUCACGACCCGUCCCCUGCACCCAUAAUCCCCCGCGCCAGGACAAGAUGGAAGAAAGCAGCGGCCGCCGGAGAACAAUGUUUUGGCAAUAAAACCCCCAAAAAGCUGCGCGUACGGAGGCAACACGGGCACGAUCCAAGCCGUCUGCGGUCAUGUGUAGGGUGUUCUCCUGCAUUCCUCUCUAGAUUGAUUGGCGUGGCUCACCCCUGCACAACACCAUGAGUAUUAUCCAAGACAAAAUAGGCAAUGAGUUUUUGCGCAACAGUGGCAUGGACCCCAACUUUGCACCAGGCAUGCUCAUGUUCAGCCACCUGCCACCCGUCACCAGCUUCACGCGACUGACGUCGCAGACGGUCAUGGGUGACCUCCCGCAGGAGAUGAUCCUCAAGAAGGAGCGCGACUCGCCGCCGGACCAUCACCACCACCACCACCACCUCAACAACAACCAGGGCUCCGCCACCGCUAACACGGGGGGCUUCCUCCACAGCAUGGGCAUCAAACAGGAGCGGCUAAGCGAGCUGGAUUAUCGCAUGCCUCUCUACGGUGGAGGAGGAGCAGGGGGCGGCGUGGGGAUGAAUUGUGGCGGAGCGGGCCCCGGGAAAAGCGGGACUGACAUGCCGGACAUGUCUUACGGCAACCACCACCAAAAUCCCCAUAACAUGCUGCUGCAUGAUCUCAGCCACAGCAAUGUUCGCUCCCUUGGAGAACCGAUGUCAGGACGAUCGGGUAAAGAGCCAAAAGAGUCCUCAGGUAAAAGAGGCAGGAGGACCAAUGGGGAUGGACAGGGAGGCAAAGCCCGAAGGAAACGCAACGACUCUGCAAAGGCUAUGAUGUUGGAUGCGGACGGAGCCUGCCUGUCCCCCAACUCCAAGCCACAUAUCUGCGAGCACUGUAAUGCUGCCUUCCGCAGCUCCUAUCAUUUGCGCAGACACGUGCUCAUACACACAGAUCGCACAGGUGAGAGGCCUUUUCGGUGCAGUCAGUGUAACAUGAGCUUCAUUCAGAAGUACCUCCUCCAGCGGCACGAAAAAAUCCACAGUGGGGAAAAGCCUUUUAGCUGUGACCAGUGCAACAUGCGUUUUAUCCAGAAGUACCACAUGGAGCGACACAAGAGGACGCACAGCGGCGAGAAGCCGUAUCGCUGCGAUACAUGCCAACAAUUUUUUUCAAGAACUGACCGGUUACUGAAGCACAAGAGGACAUGCGGAGAAGCCAUAAAGAAGGGCCUGGACCCAAACAUGCUGGAGUUCAGCGACGCUGAGCUCGGCCAGGGCAGCUAUUCACUCACUCAGGGAAACGCCACCACCUCUGGACGCAAGCGAGCCAAGUCCAAAAACGGGGAAGGCGGCGAGCGCAAGCGGAAGAAGAACGUAGUGGCGUCAUUAGCGUCCUCAGAGGCAAUGGCGCGUGACCUAGGCCUGCAGGACUUUGGCAUGGAGCAACCCUCAGGCUCAGGUCCCGCCAUGCAGGGGCGCACUCCCAAACUGUUAUUCAAGAAAACAGGCCGCAAGAGCCUGGAUAAGAGUCUCCUUUCUCUGGAAGACAGUACUGAUGGACAAAAACUGUUAGGCCAAAAAGCUGUGUCCCUGGAUCACGUGGAAGCUUCUGGGCUGGAUAACAUGGGUCUCCUCCAGGGGGGUGCCAAGCAGGGGCCCACCACCAACAGCAACUAUGACGAUGCCAUGCAGUUUGUAAAAAAACGGCGAUAUCUCCACGCUGUAAACAACGACUACGGCGCGGGCUCUCUUCACAUGGCGUCGCAGGGGAGCAGCGUCAUCCAGGCUUCUUUGGGGCCCGAACCCACGCUGGCUAUGCUGGACACUUCGCCGCUGGAACUCAAGCACGACAAGUCGGGCAUCCCGGAUGAGGUCCUGCAAAGCCUGCUGGACCACUACAGCCACAAACCGGAAGGAGCACACCAUCACGAUGUGGCGUUCGACCUGUCAGAUCACCCGCACCACGUUGACCUCCAGCCGGCGGCCCCCGUCACCCCCGAGCUGGAGGACGACGCUGCCAACGGCGGUGAUAAAACCGCUGUGAUGAGCGAGUACUCCAAGUUUCUCCUACAGGCGCUGGAGCGCACCAGCCACAGCGGACCCUUCCCCAGCCUCGGCCCCACGGGUCCUUUCCCGCUCCUGUCCAGCAGCUCCAGUCCCACCGGGCCGCUCUUCUCCGACAAGCACGUCUACAGCACAUCGCCGCUGGACUGCGGUUACCCCCCCACCGUAUCUUCCCCGCUGCCCAUUGCCGCCACCUCUUCGACGUCCUCUUCGUCCUCCUCCAAGUCCCACUACGGCAUGCUGGUGGGCUCCCCCUCCCAAACGGGCUUCCACCUCAGUCUGGAGCCCAGCAGCCACCAGCAGUUGACUCCAUCUCAGGAGUUGACAGAGCAGCUGGAGAAGCAGCACUCCCCUGGAGCCUUCAGCCUACCCCAGGACCUGACCGCCCAGGCGGACGGCUCCAAGGGGCAACCAGCCAAAGCCGGGGGGAGCGCCGCGCCAGCCAACGGCUCCAGUUACUCGGAGCUGUCCCCCUUGAACCCUCCUAAAGAAACCACAUACCAGAUUGAGAAUUUCGCCCAGGCCUUUGGCUCCCAGUUCAAGUCAGGGCGCCGCACGCCUCUCAGCUACGGCAGCGACCCCCCCAGCGCGGAGGUGGACCACAGAAUACGGACUCCAGUGUCAGAAUUCUCAGGGUAUAGCAGUUUGCUAGCUGACGUCAGCGAGCCAGCGAGUACAGGAUCAAAAACCCCGACAAGCCAAAGUUUCAGAUAAGGGUCAAACGAGGUGAAUCCGGUUGGGGUAAGGGGGUGCUCUUCUUGUCCACCUGCACCCCCUUUAACCCGCCCCCAUUUUGUUCUUGAAGCAAAAUAUUCUUGAUUUUUUUUAUUUUAUUUUUUUAAACACUGCCAUUAAAUGUUGAUGCAAACACGACCAGGGAGGGUCCGCCAUGGCCUCAAAUGCAAUUUUUUUUCUUUUUUAAACUUCUCGUUUCUAUUUAGUCGCUUUACAAGUAGUGAUUUUUUGAUAUGAGCGUACAACGGUAGAUUUAAAUGUCAUUUGAAAAAAACAACAUUUAGGGGGUAGAGAUGAACUUUUCCUUUUUUUCUUUCUGAACCUUUUUAUCAAUCAGCAUACCAUAAAGUAAUAAUGUUGUGGCAGGGAAAGCCCAGAACUCAAAUGGCAAAAAAAAAAAAAAAAAAAAGUAUAUAUUGUCUGUUACAAGAAACGUAUGAACUCAGGAAAUAGUCAAAAUUGUGUAAUAAGACUUUGUAUGAUGAUGCAAUUAGCACAGUUUUUACAGGUGUACUUUGAAACAGACCUUUUGAUUUUGUUUUGUUUUUUGACAAUUUUACUACACGCCAACAUGCUUGGUGUCUCCCGCGUGGGUCUUGGUCCAAAUGACGACACCGUUGUGUUGUGUCGGAGAUGAAACACCAGCCUGUAGGAAAAGACUUGGGAACACGCCAAGUCGCCUCACUCCUUUGCUGUUUUGUUUUGUUUUUUUUUGUCAACGGAAUCAAACAAGCACUUUUUUUCAACAUAUCACCAUUGGAAACAAUAACCCAUUCAAUUUGUGCUUCAUUAUUUUUAAAGGAGAAAACUGUGAAGAGGGGU